ACGCUAGCAGCCACUUCCACUAUCACGGACUCAUCCACCCACCACCUUCCCCGGUCCCCCCCGCGCCGAUCACGGCACGGCGAAGCCCGCCCGCUCCCUCCCUCCCUCCAGAUCAGGCGCCGCCUCUCCGCCCCCACUGCCCGCGCCGCCGCUCGCCCCGUUAGCCGGGGCGUGGAUUGAUUCGCACCUCCUUCUCCUCCUCUCGAUCGGGUUUGGAGGUUAGAGUAAUGAAAUAAAAUGCUACUCAAAAGCAAGUUUAAGUUGGCCACAGCCAUUGGCAUCGUGCUAUCGAUGCUAUCGCUGCUCGUGCACCUUUUUCUUGCUAAUUAUUCAGCUGGGGGCAUUACAAAGUACAGCAUGCACAUGGACGAUGUCCUUCCAUUUGGACCGAGGCCUCGACCACGGAGACUGUGGGGUCCGUUGGUCCCACUUGAUCACUUGCAUCCUUUUGUGAAACCUAGCAAAUCAUAUGCUGUUCCCAGUAAGCAUAAUGGUUUUAUUUAUGCAAAGAUAUAUGGUGGUUUUGAGAAGAUACAGUCUUCAAUCUGUGAUCUUGUUGCCGUUGCCAGGCUAUUAAAUGCCACUCUGGUUAUUCCUGAGAUACAAGCAACAACUCGUACAAAAGGCAUCAGUUCAAAGUUCAAAAGCUUUUCUUAUCUAUACGAUGAAGAUCAUUUCAUACAUUCACUGUCCAGUGAUGUGGUUAUUGUGCAUGGCUUGCCAAAGGAUCUCAGAGAGGCUAGGAAAAAGAUAAAAUUUCCCACAGUAUCUCCUAGGAAUUCUGCUACUCCAGAAUACUACAUCAAAGAAGUAUUACCCAGACUUGUAAAAUCAAAAGUUCUUGGGAUAAUUGUUAAUGGAGGUAAUUGUCUUCAGUCAAUUCUCCCUGCAAGUCUGGAGGAAUUUCAGCAGCUUAGAUGCAGGGUAGCCUUCCAUGCACUGAGGUUGCGCCCUCAAAUUCGGGCUCUUGGGAGCCAAGUAGUAGGAAGGUUGCGAGCAUCUGGCCGUCCUUAUGUGGCCUAUCACCCAGGACUGCUUAGAGAUACUCUAGCUUUUCAUGGUUGUGCUGAACUGUUCCAGGAUAUUCAUACAGAACUUAUUCAGUAUAGAAGGAAUCAGAUGAUUAAACGAGGAACAGUAAAGGAGCAGCUAACAGUUGAUUCAGUGUCCAGGAAGAUGGCUGGGUUGUGUCCACUCAUGCCAGAAGAGGCUGGACUUCUACUUCAAGCAUUAGGUUACCCACCAACUACAAUAAUAUUCUUGGCUGGUUCCGAGACUUUUGGUGGACAAAGAAUGCUGAUUCCUCUACGAGCUAUGUUUGCUAACCUAGUCGAUCGAACUUCAUUAUGUAGUCAGAGGGAGCUGUUUGAUUUAGUUGGGUCAGAAGAUCCUCUAACCUCAGAUUUGCCACAGCCUCCACCUCCCAAAAGUGAAAAACAACUCAUUGAAGAAUGGAAGAGAGCAGGGCCUCGUCCAAGACCGCUGCCUCCACCUCCUGCAAGGCCAUUCUAUGCACAUGAGAAGGAAGGCUGGUAUGGUUGGAUUGGUGAGAAUGACACAGAACCGGAGGCUUCACUGAUUGAGUUCAGGAGGCAAGCACAUCGGUUGCUCUGGGAUGCACUUGAUUAUUUUGUUUCUGUUGAAGCUGAUGCCUUCUUCCCUGGGUUUCACAACGACGGGAGUGGUUGGCCAGACUACUCAAGUUUGGUCAUGGGACACCGGUUAUACCAAACACCUUCCGGUAUAACCUACAGGCCUGACAGGAAAAUUAUUGCUGCACUGUUUGAAGAAGUUAACGAUCAUAGGUAUCAUCCACCACGGAAUUGGACAAUUGCUGCACGUGAGCACCUCAACAGGAGUGCAAGUGUGGAAGGCAUCGUGUCAUCGGCUAUGUUGUCAAAACCUGUAUCGUUUCUUGCCCACCCAUUGCCAGAGUGCUCUUGCAGAACACCAAAGUCACCUGCUGUUCAACCGGUAAAAGACAGCAAUGGCAGAUCCCUAUUUGGAGGUGAGGUAGAGUGUCCUGAUUGGAUGGCACGCAGCCUGGCAAUGGCAUCUGCUAGGAAUAGCGAACCUCAAAAUGAGGACUAUGAGGAUGAGUUGCGUGAAGAUGGCUCUAGCCAAGACACGCAGGAAUCUAAUACAAGUGACUCGAAUAAAUCUUCGGAGCAAGAUGAAGAGAUGGAUCCGGAUGAUUAGAGAUAUGCGGAGCACCUUUUUAACUGCUACCAGGUCCAGGCUACUCAAGCAAGAAAAGCAGGAAUCAUCUUGCAUCGCAGCAGCGCAUCACCAUCUGGAGUAGCCCCAGCAUGACAAGCUGGUCAUCCAUCGUGGGGGCUUGCCUGGAUCGUACUCUGGUAUACAACCAGGCUGAAUACGAAACUAACACUUUGUUCUCUUCUUCCUUCACGUCUUACUCAUUUUUUUGUUUACGCGAAAUUGUUUCUGUACAAAUGUCUUAACUGAAAAUACAUUAAUUUUUGAGUGGGUUUGAUAUGUAGCCAUUUGUUAGGUAAUGAGAUUGGCUUACGGUGGGCAGAUGUGCACCCGUAAAAUACCGGACAGUACAGGCAUUGCCAUUUUGUCCCA